AUGGAAGGUCAAGUGUGGGAACUGGUCGAGCAAGUGCAGAGGCUGACGACGGAGAGUCAGCAGAUGCGGACGGAGCCUCAGCAGCGAGACCUAGCGAUAGCCGAGAUGCGAGGCCAGCUUCAGGGACAAGCCGACAGAGAACGAGGGCCUCGUGGCGAGAUGAUGGACCCGAAGGUGCUUCACAAGGCGAAGCCGUUCGACCGUCAGAGAGCGAGCUGGAAGACGUUCAGCUCCCAGUACAAAGCCUACCUGAUCGCGCAAGACAGAAAGUAUCGACCUCUUCUCGAGAAGAGCGAAUACGGAGCACAGGACGUAGACAACGUGAACCUGUCAGCCCAAGGAGAGGAGCUCAGCACGCAGCUGUACUUCGCCCUGGUCCUGGUCAUGCCCGAGGACUCGGUCGGCGAGAUGAUCGUGAGGAACAGCAGCUCGGGCGAAGGAGCGGCGUGCUGGAGGCAGCUGCAGAAGGAGUACAACCCGAACGAAGCAGGCAACGCGCGAGCGAUGUGGACCAAUCUCACGGACGCGAAGUUCGAGAUGUCGGGCGAGCCCGUGUCGGACCUCAUCAAGCGAGGAAUCUUCACCAAGGCGCUCAAGGAUCACGACGAGUUGCAAACGCACGUGUUUCGGAACAGCAGUCGGCUGAACACAUACGAGCUCCUGCGAGCCGAAGUCGUGUCUGCGCUGAUGGCGGAGCGAGCGGUCCACGACGAUCCGAUGGACAUCGGCGGGUUGAAGGGCGGCAAGAAGCCGUGGAGAGGCCGUGGCAAAGGCAAGGAAGGCGAGGGCAACACGAGGCCGUCGAACCCAAACGCCGGCCUGGAGUGCAACUACUGUCACAAGAAAGGCCACCGCAGCGCCAAUUUCCGCAAGCGGAUAGCCGACGAGAAGAAGGUAGCCGCCAACAACGACAAGGGCAAGUCGCAACACAGAAAAAAAAAGGUCAAAGAGAAGAAGAGGGUCGCAGCAGCGGCAGUAAAAGAGCUCGAGAGGAUCGACUGGAAGUACACCUUGCCCUCCUACGAUUAUUAUAUCUGCAGCUCGUGCAAGAAGCUGUUCGAGGGCAAAAGGUGGCAUUACCAUGAGUGGAGCCUGGACUUCUGCGAGACAUGCGCAGAAUACUGCCUGGACAAGCACAAGCACUCGAACUUCGACUAG